CACAUGCCGCGGAGAGCACUGUCACAGGAGUAGGUUUUUUUUUUUUGCAGCUGCAGUAAAAGCUUUCAGACUACUGUGAAGGAUCAAGACAUUAAUUGUUAGUUUCUGUUUAAGACAGCAUGAAGUAGCAUUUAUUGGUCUUAAUCUAAAUCGAAUGGAAUUGAGCCUAAUAUUAAUUCUUGUAUCAUCAAAAGUUCUACUAUAAAGGAAUUAUAUUCAGCUCUUCUGUGAGACAAUGAACUGCAGGUGUGUUGCACCUACGUUUAUGGAUGUUGCAUAGAUGAAUUUGUCAGCAGGGGAAUACCUAUGAAAAUUUGGAAAUACAAGCGGAUUGAGCAGGCAUUCCGAAGACAUCUUUAAAAUACUUUUGCAGCUUUUUUUUUUGUUUUAAUGUUUUCUAUGUUUUAAAACUAAACUGUUCUGAUACAUUACAAAUAAUCGUAUGUGUGUGCUCCGUGAAGUCACUUUGAAGUGCGUUUUACAGCAAUGCAUGGUCUUAGUUAUAGUAACGAUGUUAGUGGUAAAACGCAUUCUCAUUGUUUUUACUAAACUUCCUUAAAGUAUAUGAAGAAACUGCUUCCGAAUGAGGUAAUAGGAGACGUUUUGAGAGAAUGUGGAAUCCCAGGGUGGAGCAUGACCUGCUGGUAUAUUGUUUUUAAACUGGUAUUUCUAAUGCUUCUAUGGGAGUGCAUUACACUAAGCCUCCAUUGCUGGGUUUUAGCUAUUGCAGCAAGUUCCAGUAAUGUUGCUGGAUCCUUGGGGUGGCUCCUUUCUGAUAAAGGGCCUUUUCAUCAUUCACAAGAAUUCACUGAAUUUCUGGAAAGGUACCAACAGGGAUUUACGACCAAAUACAAGAUUUACAGAGAAUUUGGUCGGUGGAAAGUCAACAGUCUGGCACUUGAAAGGAAAGACUACAAUGGCCUUUCUUUGCCUCUGGAUCCAGAGUUCAUGCAGAAUAUCCGGCUACUGGGACGCAGACCAAGUCUCAAAAGGAUCACUGAAAAUAUUAUCAAGAAAUAUGGAACACAUUUUUUGAUGUCAUCCACAUUGGGAGGUGAAGAAUCUUUGACUAUAUUUGUGGAUAAGAGAAAACUGAGUAAGAAAUUGGAUGUAGGGGACUCCAACAGUACUGCAGUGACUCUUGAGACACUUCACCAGCUUGCAGCCUCUUAUUUUAUUGACAGGGAAAGUACACUUCACAAGCUUCACCACAUUCAGAUUGCCUCAACUGCCAUUAAGGUGACUGAAACGAGGACAGGCCCUCUUGGAUGCAGUAACUAUGACAACCUGGAUUCUGUCAGUUCUGUUCUGGUUCAGAGUCCUGAAAACAAAAUUCAUUUACAAGGACUACAAGUCGUGUUACCGGACUACCUGAGAAAUCGCUUUGUUCAAGCUGCUCUCAGUUACAUUGGUUGUAAUGCAGAGGGCGAAUUUGUCUGUAAAAACAAUGACUGCUGGUGCCAUUGUAGUACCAGGUUUCCAGAAUGUAACUGUCCAGACAUGGACAUCAGAGCAAUGGAACAGAACUUGUUGCACAUUCAAGAAGCAUGGAGAGCAGCCAGUAAUGAAUUUGAAGAAUCAGAUGAUUUCAAAAUCUUUGUGAGAAGACUACCAACAUUUUAUGCUUUGAACACUUCUGCUAUUCAUCACUUCUGGAAGAUAGAUUCCAGCAUUCAACAUCGCUAUAAACAGCUGGAGUCAAGUACAACUCUGCUCCUCAACAGGGCACAAAGAAUUGUUAAUAGGCUUUUUAGCCUAAGUAAGAGGUGUCGUUCGCAGCCUAAAGUAGUUGUACCAAGAGAAAGGUCUCUUAACUAUUGGCUGAAUCAUAUUCAGUCCAUUUUGUACUGCAGUGAAAACAAUCAAAUUGGGACAUUCUCUGAAGAAACCAAAAGCUGCUCGUGUACCUAUGAUCAUCCUACUUGUCAAGGAAUUAUCCCAUGUACAGUUGGGGAUGGCCCUCAUUGUGCUUCUUGUUCAUAUGAAAACCGCACCCGAUGUGGAAGUUGUAACUCUGGCUAUAUGCUUAGUCAAGGUUUGUGUAGGCAUGAGGUACCUGAUUCCACUGACCACUACAUUGGUUUUGAAACAGACUUACAAGAUCUGGAGUUGAAAUACCUGCUUCAGAAACGUGACAGCCGGAUUGCAGUCCAUGCAAUCUUCAUCAGCAAUGACAUGAGACUGAACAACUGGUUUGACCCAACGUGGCGAAAAAGGAUGCUUCUGACAUUGAAGAGCAACAAAUACAAAUCUAAUCAUGUCCAUAUGCUCCUGGGAUUGUCUGUUCAGAUCUGCCUGACCAAAAACAGUACAUUAGAACCAAUGCUGUCUGUUUAUAUCAACCCAUUUGGAGGUAGCCAUUCAGAAAGUUGGUUUAUGCCCAUUAAUCAAAACAACUACCCAGACUGGGAAAGGACUAAGUUAGAUAUACCUCUUGACUGUUACAACUGGACAUUGACUUUGGGAAACAAAUGGAAAACCUUUUUUGAAACUGUUCAUAUCUAUUUGAGGAGCCGCAUCAAGUCUGCACCACUCCAUGGAAAUGAUACCACCUAUUAUGAGCCUCUGGAGUUUAUGGACCCAUCACAAAACCUGGGCUAUAUGAAAAUAAACAGUUUACAGGUAUUUGGCUACAGUAUGCACUUUGACCCCGAAGCAAUUCAGGAUCUGAUUCUACAGCUGGACUAUCCAUAUACUCAGGGUUCUCAAGAUUCUGCACUUCUGCAGCUUGUGGAAAUCAGAGACCGUGUUAAUAGGCUCUCACCACCUGGUCAACAGCAACUGGACUUGUUUUCCUGCUUGCUUCGUCAUCGGCUUAAGUUAUCCACAAGCGAAGUGGUCAGGAUUCUAGCUGCUUUGCAGGCCUUCAGUGCCAAGCAACCUAUCCCUGUGGAAUACGAAACUACCAAAUUAUGUAGUUAGUAAAAACAUACAGUAUGGAUAACCGCUAGGAAACAUUUUGAAAUGCUAUUUGCAUUAUUUCACAUAGCCGGAGGGUUCUUUAAUUUUUUAAGUUAUUGUUUCUGGAGUUUUACUUUAAACAUUCAACAUCUAGAAUUAUUAAGUUAUUGUCAUCGGUGAUUAAUAUUUUUUUACAAAUAUUUGUAAGUAUAAUGUUUGAAAAAUGUCAUUGUACAACACUGUACAGAAGGUUUAUGAGAAUCACUUUGUGAGUAGUUUUUUCUGUCUAAUUUCCUUCUCUAUACAGUCUGUGCAAAAAAUCUGAAGAGUAUAUGUAUUUUAACUUUAUUAAUAUACUAAAGUCUUUUUAUGUGCAGUCUAUAAAUAUUUUAAAAAAUCACAA